AUGACAUCUACGGCAAGCAAGAUGGCACAAUACAGCAUUGUUACUGUCAAUCACCGGAAUACUACUAGCCCUUUGACCCUUACUUCGAUCAACAAUGUCGAUGUCCUUGGUGUGCCACUAUCCAACGAUCCUUCCUUGCAACCAUACUCUUUCAAAUCGGCUAUCUCCCGCGUCGCAGUGCCGCCAACUCGACUGAAACGUGCAACUGUAAGCUUCCGACCUUCCGACGGUUACAAAUGCAACUGGGAUCAAGCUGGCUUCCUGUUCGUGCGUCCAAAGCCAGAGCUUCCGGAACCUUCAGCAGAGACUCCAGGCACCACAGGCACCGCGCCCUCAUUCAUCAAGAUAGGAGUCGAGCUUUGGGAAGGCAAGCUCUAUCACAUGAUCUGCUCCAGCCACGAAGAUCUCACUGAUUGGAGCUUGCAUGCCAUCCCCGAGGCAUUUGAAGAUAACGAAGAUAUCACAAUGGAGAUAUCCCGAUUUGGAGAUCGUCUCGCCAUCCAGGCCGUCUAUGGUCAAGGGCAGCAAGUGGUUAAGAGGAUGAUCCGAGUUGUUCCAUGGUGCUUUGUGAAUGAGUCCAAGUCUGAUCCUGACAUCUGGGUGGCAGUCUAUGUUUCCAGGCCAGAUGCUGAAAGAACAACCACCGAAUCUCUUGUCGUGAACUUUCACAGCCUUCAGAUUGAAGACACGGAUGGCGUGGUGCGAUUCGAUGCGUAA